AUGGAACAGCAGCAUGAUGAGGCUAGGAUAUUUAUUGAUGAAGGACCAGAUUAUGUAGCAGAGCAAGCUGGUAUUGCUGUACUGGAGAGUGUGAUGGAUCAUGAACAACCUGCCCAUGAAAGCGAAGAAAUGCGAUGGCUCAGAGAAGCUCGUAUAAAGCAUCAACACCUAAGUAGCUUUCAGAGACCUAGUUUGGCAAUAUUGUGUUGUUUGCUAAUGCUGAUAUCUUUGGCAGAGACUUUAUGUAUAACUCCAAUGAUCUCAUUGACGAUGAAGAAAGUAUGUGAAGGGAUUAUGACCGCCAAUGGUGAUGUUUUAGAUUCGGCGCAAGAAAUGCAUUGUGACCCCAAGAAGGUUCAAACUAUUAUGUCAGGAAUCAGUUCGACUAUCCUGAUAUUGACAGGGCUAUCGUUCACAUUUACAUCUGGAACUUGGGGAGAGUUUUCAGAUAGAGUGGGAAGAGUAAGGAUCUUCGGCUAUAUGGCUCUGCUUAAGGUAAUUGGAAAUGGGGUUCAUCUUUGGGCAUUGCUACCCUCCACUCCUUACAAUAAAUGGGUUAUUAUAUUGGCAGGAUCAGUAUCAUCUUUGAGUGGGGGGAUGCUAGCCCUAUUAGCCAAUGCAAACAGUUACAUUGCGGACAUCGCUGAACCCGAUCAACGAGCCAUGUCCAUGAGUAUUAUGAUGAGUACCGUAUAUGGGACCAUGGGACUGGGGCCUAUUGUAGGUUCGUUGCUUGUUAAAUUCUUCAGUGAGGGCGAUCGUCUGCCUAUUUAUUUAUCACUUAUUGUUGGGACAAUUGCUACUCUAUCGUGCUUUACUGUCAUCAAGGAACCCCGCCACGAUGACGCACUAAAGCUUUCUCAAGCCACGUUUAUGGAGAGAAGAGAGAGUAUUUCUAGUACAAGGUCAAGCGGCUCUCAUUUUUCAGCAAAGAUGAAAUCUUUUAGCAGGUUACAACUGCUCCGUUUGAUUGAUGUGUUUUCCUCGCUUAAGAAGCUAUGGCUGAAGCCAACGGCUCGUGGAUCACUUGCGCCACGUUAUACCGUGCUACUUUUGAUAGUCAUCGACAUUCUAUUUCUGAGUAUUACUGUAGGGUCAUUACCUACCCUGGUAUUAUUCGCUACGUACCAGUACGGCUGGCGCUCAGUGGAACUGGGCUACUUUAUCUCCAUUUCAGGGUUGGGCAGGGCCGCUGUACUACUCGUCCUUUCACCGUGCUUGAUACAUCUAUUGAAAAAACGUUACAAGCCUUUGAGUUUCUCGGUCGAUCGAAUCGAUAUCAUCUGUAUUAUGAUUUCUCUGGCGUUCCUCAUCAUGAGCUUCUUGACUGCCCUCAUAGGUCUAGGGCACGAAGGGUCUCUGUUUGCAUGUGCAACUUUGCAAGCAUUGAGUGCCUUUUGUUCACCCGCGUUACAAUCCGCUAUAAUCAAGUACUGCUCAAAGAAAUUCACGGGGCAGUGUUUUGGUGCAAUAGCAUUGAUCAGAUCCGUCGUAAUGCUCAUCGUACCUCCCACGUUGUUGAGAAUUUACGGAGCCACCGUUUCUUUCAAGCCGGAGCUAUUUCUCUACAUCCCACUGAUGAGUGGUAUCUCGGCCUUAAUUCUCUCAAGUUUCCUACGCAUAGUGGAUGAUAAGGAAGAACUAAGAAGAGAUUCAGAGGUAAAUGUGACCUAUCCCUCCAAGCCCUUGCAAAGUAGAAAGGACUCGCCCAAUUCGAAGCCUUAG